AUGUCUGACGAUAAAAUUAGAUUAGAAAGAAAAAUCAACAAGUAUAUGAAUUAUGGGGCCAGUAAUAAAGGAGGUGAUAAUAAUUCUAUUUCAUAAUACACUUCUGAAAAGAUUAAAAAUUUACACAAAUUUCUUGAAAAUGUGGAGAGCGAAUCUAAUAUGAGUGAAUCCGAUUUUGAAAAUUCAAUAUAGUAUUUUAAUAAGAAAGGAAAAAGUAAAAAUGGAGGAGAAAUCGCUAAAUAUAAAAAUAUAAACGAAGAAAGAUUUGAUGAUGAUAUUUAAUUUAGAGAAAGAGAAUAAACAAAAUUAGAGGAAUGGGAAAGCUAGCUUAGUAAGUUCAAUCAAUAAGCGAAUGAUUUGAAGUUAACAAAAUUGGAAUUAGAUGAGGCUAAUAAAACAGUUGAAAUGUUAAGAGAAUUGCUUUAGCAAGAAUAAAAGAAAUGCGUGGAAUAAGAAAAUGAAUUAAGAAACCAUUAUGAAAAUAGACUAAGCACCUAAAAAGAAGAAUUAGAAUGCGUAAUUGAGAGACAUUUGUAAUUUAUAGAUUAGCUUAUUUUGGAUAAGAAAGAAUUGAAUUCAUAAGUUGAGGAUUUAACUGAAAAAUAUAGAAUUAUGGAAGAAAGCAGACUUGCCUUUGAGAAAGAAUAGAAAGAAAAAUAUAUCAAAGAUCUUAAAUUAUAAAAGGAAGCGUGGUUUGCAGCAGAAAAAUAAAGGAAAGAAAAAUGGAUGAAUGAAAAAACAAAUGAAAUUAAAGAAGUCACUAUAAAAGGAUUGGAACCUGAAAUCGAAAGAAUUAUCAACAGAAAUAAAAUCGAAAUCAAAAAACUUGAAGAAAAGCACCAAAAAUAAAUUAAUGAAUUGAGAUAGAACGUUUAGGAAGAGUAUGAAUAAAAAUUUAGAGCUUAUAAGGACAAGGUUAUGAUGGAAACUGAAGAUUUAAUAAGUAAAGAGAGGUCUUUUAAGACUGAAAAAACAAAAGAGCAGAUCUAAAGAAUAGAAACCAACUAUUAAGAAGAUAGGGAAAGAAUGAAGAAAAACUACGAAUCAGAAAUUAAAGAGUUAGAAAAUAAAAGGAGAGAAGAAAAUGACUACUUUUUGAAAAAAAUAAAAGAAAUUCAAGAAGAUCAUAUUGAAGAAAUAAAAAAACUUAAAAACGAAAUGCAAAAUAAAAUGGACGAGUGCAAGUAUGACAGCAAGCAAUCCUUGUAAUAACAGAGAGAAUAAAUUAAAAUUGAGCAAGAAAAGUGGAUGGAAAAGCAAAUUUAAAAAUAAAAUGAUGAGCUAACUAAAAAGACAUAAGAAAUUAGAAAAAAGCUAGAAAAAGAAAGAGAUUUUUAAAUAGAAGUUGUAAUUAAUAAAAUAACAGAAGAAAAUGUCAAUUUAGAAAAACAGAUAGCAUCAAAAUAUGAGCAAAAGAUAUCUUAAUUGCAACAAGAACACCGUAGUGAAAUAAAAGAACUCAAAAGAGAACUGAGCUACUACGAAGAUUAAAAUGCAUAAACCUCACUUUCUAAAAACCAAAUAAAGGAAAAUAUGGAUACACUGACCAAAAAGCUUUUAGAUGUAUAGAAUAGCCUUGAAAAAUCUGAAAAGGAGAAUAAAGAACUUAAAAAAGAAGUUAAAGAUCUUGAAGCACAACUGCUCUCUUAAAAAAAUCUUUUAAAAAUACAUGAAGAAAAUAUUAGGAGAGAGAUGACUUUAGAGAUACAAAAAUUACAUGAUUAAAUUCUAGUGCUAAAUAAAACUCUUACUCAAAUGGGUGCUGAACAUAAUGUAGAAUUAGAAAAAAUAGAAGAAAAACACUCUAAGUCUCUUGAAGACGUAGAGAGUAGAGUUAAAGUUGUUGUAAUGAAAAAAGACCAACAAAUUAUAAGAUUGAAGGAAGAAAUUAAAUACAAAGAAGAAACAAUUAAUAAAUUAGAGUAAAUGCUUGAACAAAGAAAUAAAAUAUUUGGAUCCAUAAUGAAUAAUAAUAACAAAUGA